AUGAAAUAUAAACUUAAUUCAAAGUCCGAAACUAAUUUCGGUGCUCAUGUGGUAGAAGGUACUACCCUCACUAUCCCUGGACUUGCUCCAAGUCUUAUCGAGCUUCUCGAAGCUAAUCUUGCUGGAGAAGGUUUGCCUAUGGUCGGCAAACCUCUCUUCGAUGAUUCCGAAGAAGCUGGUUCUGCUCGUUUGGCUGCUAAAGAAUACUCUAAUCUUGGUUACAAUACCGAUUAUAAAAGUGGUUAUAACCUCUCUGCUGCUCCAGAUACGUCCCGACAACGUUAUCAAGAAUUGCAGGGAAAAAAGGCUACUGCUGGAAUGUCCGAUAGAGAGCUUAAUUUGUACUUUGCUUGGAAAGAGCAACAAGGAGAAGUGGCUAUUGGUCAAAAUCCAUUCUAUACAGAAGGUAUUGGAAAUGACGCUAAUCUUUCCUCUUUCAAUAAUCCAGAAGCUCCUGCCUAUAAUUCCGAACAAGGUUCUAUGAUGAAUGUUAUAAAUAGCGUUCUUCAAGGUACUAUGCAAAUAGCAAGCUUUGCUAACAAUCUCCAAUCUUCCGAGGUUGAUAGAGAAUUAGUGCGUCAAAAGGCUAUAAGUCAAGGCUUGGAAAACUCCAAACAAAUGUACCUUCUUGGCUUCGGUUACGAUUACAAUAUGGCGAAGUAA